GAGAAAGCACCACAAUACAUUCACUUGCAACCAUUAAACAAAGGUUUAAUUGGUUGCACCACCAUGGCUAAUUGCUCUCGGUUUUUUAUCUUGCUCUUGAUGAUAACUGCGAUAUUUAACCGUCCGAGAAGUAUUCAAUCAAGGCAGACCUUGCACUUAAAUCAACAAGGGUAUUCAAGCUUCGCCAACCUUGGAAUUGUGUGCAAAUGCUGUGAUGGUGCAGGAGGUGAAUGCAGGACUACAAUGGACAUUGCUUCUUGCCCUAAGCCAAAGCGUCAGUGUCAUUCAUGGAAGUUCCACUGACUUCAUGAAAAACUUUAUACUAUUUGCUUUGCAGCUGCUCUCUCUUUCUACUAAAUAAGGGGAUAAGUACUUUAUAGGAAUUACUUUAGUGUGUUUAGGCAAACUGCAGUUUGAUUAUAUAUAGUUUUUAUUUUUAGAUGAUAAAUAUGAUAGUUGUAAUUUCAAUUCUAUAAGAUAAAAUGAAGACUUCAUU